CUGCCCACCUGUCAGGGAGCCUUGGCCAGAGCACAAGUGGUAAGCCGCUCCUUUCUUCUUAAGAGCCUAUAGCCUCAGGGUUGUGCCAGUGCUGCUCAUCAGACAGCCACCACGAUACCCACACCACAUUGCCAGAGGCUUCCUGGGGCUCAUCAGGGACUUCCCCAGCACUUUCCUGGGUACAGGAGCUCCUACCUACUUGGGUUCUAGAGCUGGGCACCCGAGCUGGCUCUUUCCUGGACCUGGGGAUCAGGGAGUUUCCUAACUGGCACCUUGCCAGGCAUUAAGACUGGCAUCAAAGGAGAAGACUUACUCAGUCGUCGUGGUUCCAGAGGGCAGGAGAACCAUGGGAGAUCCAGUGAUUCAUCCAUCGGUGUUCGUCGUGGAUGGACAGACAGACAUGCCCUUCACCCGGCUGGGGGGGAGCAAGCAACGGGCAUGCCAGAGAACACAGCUGGGCCUGGGGCUCCUGCUGCUAUUGGCACUGGCUGGUGUAGCCAUCGAGGGCUAUUUCCUAUGGAGCUUCCAUUGGGACCUGAUGGCCCUCAGCCUUCGUCUACCAGUGAGUGAACCAGCUCACUCCUUGGAAAAGCUGGUUCAGGAGCGGCGAUCCUAUCAGGACAAGCCAGCAGCUCACCUCACAGGGGUCAACUCAAGCUUGGUAAUGAAUGGAGGACCACUACUCUGGGAGGCCCACUUGGGUCUAGCUUUUCUUCGAGAUCUGAAAUAUCAAAAAGGGUCGCUGGUGUGUACCCAGCCUGGCUACUAUUACAUCUAUUCCAAGGUGCAGCUUGGUGGUGUUGGAUGCCCUGGAGGGCCAAUGGCUGGUGGAUCUGUUACCCAUGGGCUCUACAAGCGAACACCAAGAUAUCCUAAGGACUUGGAGCUGCUGGUCAGCCGUCGAUCCUCCUGCAGGUGGACAGGGACCUCAGCCAAGGUCUGGUGGGACAGCAGCUUCCUAGGUGGCGUGGUCCACCUUGAGGCUGGCGAAGAAGUCUUUGUCCGAGUGCCAGAAGAAAGACUGGUCAGGGUCAAGGAUGGGACUCGCUCCUAUUUUGGGGCCUUCAUGGUUUAAGCUGCCUCAGUUUUUCCACCUAAAAACAAGGAAGUUGGAUUAGAUAAUCUCUGUGCUUUUUUAUACUUUUUAAACCAAUGAUCCUGUGAUCCUACCUGUGUGACCUUGGGGAAGUCACUGUCUUUCUGGGCCUCAGUUUAUCCCAUCUGUAAGAUGAAAUGGUUAUACUACAUGGUCACUAAGGAUCCUUUCAAUUCUCAAUUUUAUGAACUCUGUGUCUGAUGGUCUGGCCCCUCGGGGGAUACAAAGAGUGCUUCCAACUAGACAGAGAGUUAGUAGAUGGAAGUUAGAGCAGAUGGCAAGACAGAGGACUGAUCUGUCCAUUCAGGGUACCAGUACUGGUCCCAGGGCCAGCCAAGGAACCUGAAAUGGAUGCUGAAUUUCCUGACAUUCAGGAUGGGGUUUAGGGGCUCACAGGGGUAUUUAUCAUGGAGUCUGAGAAAAGCAAGUGAGGAAACCUAGUUUGAGUCUUGAAACUCACCUACUAUAAUCUAUACAAAUACAAUAUGGCACAAUGCAGAUAAAUGUAUAUGUAUAUAUACACAUAAAUAUACAUGGUCACAUCAAAGAUAUUACACACACAAGGAAAUAGUCCCACAAUGGCACUCACAUUCUUAUAUAUCUAUACACUCCUAACCCAAAGACAUACAUGAAUAAAGCUUUACAAAAGUCACAGUCACACUUCUUUUACAGUCAUACACACCCACAAAUCACACACCUCUCUUACACAAUUACAGUCACACAUGAAUACACCCAGUCAUACAUUUCUCUCUUUCCCUCCCUCCUCUCUGUUCCUCUGUCUGUCUGUCUCACUCCCUCCCUCCCUCUUCCCCUUCCCCUCCCUUCUUCCCUUUCCCUCCUCAUUCUCUCUAUUCCUCUCUUCUCUCUGUCUGUCUGUCUCUCUGUCUUUUGCUUCUUCUCUCCUCUCUCUCUCUGACUGUCUCUAUCUCUGUCUGUCUGUCUGUCUCCCUCCCUCCCUCCUUCUUCCCCUUCCCCUCCCUCCUUCCCUUCCUCAUUCUCUCUCUCUUCCUCUCUUCUCUAUCUCUCUGUCUUUCGCUUCUUCUCUCCUCUCUCUCUUUGACUGUCUCUGUCUCUGUCUGUCUCCCUCCUUCCCUCCCCUGCCUCUCCCCCCACCCAC